CACCAAAUUAUUUUCAUGUUCCCGGCUUCAAAAUCAAAACCAGUGGUUCUGCGCGCGAUUACCGCGGCAGCCCCAGAGCGAUUUUAGAGUUAACUACCAACCGGAUUUUUCACCUUCCCGGCUUCCAUUGACGCUGAUCUGAUUGAUCAGCGAACCCGUUACUUUGCUUCACUUUGUUAUUUUGCAUUAAUUCCUCUUUGUAGAUAAGUUGAAAAUGUGUUUGAGUUUAGGGAGGAUCAUACUGGAGCCACAUCCAAUGGUAUAGAUUCUGCUGGUCCAUGAAAACAGGCGUCAUCAUCUUUUCUUGAAACUUAAGCAGCAAGUCUUCUAAGAUGGUCAUAUGACUGCUUGUAAGUUUUCUAAACUAAUCCUGAAAGAUUUAUUCCCUUUGUAUGCUCACCUUUAUCAAAUAGUAGCAUUAUUCCACAAUAGUGAUGCAAAUAUUUCUUUAAAAUCAACAAUUAAAACAUUUAUAGCAACUUGCAGGCCAAAUUCAGAAACUCUCAAUAUCAGUCUUCUAGAGCUUGAAAAUGAUAGAUUACAUAUUAUAAUAAUUAUUAAUUGUAAUAGAAAUAGAGCCAAAUCAGUACUAAUCAUGCAUGCCAGUUGAGAUCAGACUCAUAUAUCUAGUCACUGUGUGCAAACCUAUCCUUCGACUAUGACAUUUACAUGUUGCUUCUAAAGGUUUUUCAUGGGCUCUAUGCAGAAAUUACUUUAGCCUUCUGUUAGUGAUAGCAUAACCAUUAGUUGCAUUGCAUGUUUGCAUGUAUUACGUGGGCAUCCAUUGUAUUGUUUCUAUUGUUCUUUUUGAAGUUAAAAUAUAAAUUAAUGCAACAAAGUAUAAAGUGAAAGGGAAAGGUGGCACUAACAUGGUCAAAAGGGUAGGCAGAGUGAUUUGUUUACAUGCUAGUGUAAUGUAAGCCAUGAACUGGACUUGUCUUUCUUAACAAAGACUUCAUUAAAAAUGCAUCAUGGGAAAAAAUCAAGGGGCCAACUUUUGGCUUCACUGAAGGCCAAAGGGACAUGACGUAUUCUAAGUUAAAGAUUCUCCAUUACUUAAUACAAAAUCAAACAAAUUUGAUGGAUUCUGAUGCAAGUUUCACUCACUCUCUAAGUCCAAAAGGGCCUAGGCUUAAAUAAAAUCAAAGAAACACAAAUUAGAUUCUGCGGCAAAAUUGAUGCUCUGUCUCUCUCUCUCUCUCUCUCUCUCUCUCUCUCUCUGUGGCGCACACAACUAUUAUUAGCUCAUAAAUAAAGAAUCUUUGUACCAGGAAAAAAGGCUUGAAAAGUAUGCUCGUUUAGAGCUACCAAAGGUUACUACACUUCUUUAUUUGGUUAAGCAGGGUGAUACUUUAGGAAGUAGGACCAUAUGCUCUGUUUUCGGUUUCAAUAUCUAGAUAUAAGGGAAAGAGUGCAUUUUUUUUGGGACAGAUAACCUACACUUAAGCACCAUGCUAAAAAAAAGAGAAAAAAAGGGCCCUUUUGAUUAUUUAGAAGUGCUGAUGUGUUGCUACUUGGUUGUUUUCGAAGAACCGUUUCAGUAAUGAUAGAGAGGGGGAGAGAGUUGUGGUCGCCAGAGUUUUAAAUAAUGGCAUGUUUUUAAAGUGUGAUGUUUCGACAUUCUCGCAUUACCUUAAGGGGGAGGUUGUGCUGUACUUGCACUAUAUUUCUCUGUGACUGGUGUUUUAUAAAUCAUCGUCAUAUAUCAAGUGGAUUAUUUGUUGUUUUCCCCUCGCUACGCGUCCUAGUGGUAGUAAAUUAAAGAACAUGAUCCAAUAAAAAGGGGAAAACAGCUCUGGAGAAAAGAAUUAAAAUAUGCCGAACCCAAAUAAAUAAAGCAAGUUUUAGAACUUUUAAAGUUCAUUCCAUACUCUUAGCAAGGUGCUUAGCUCUAUUCACAAGGAACUAGCUACUGUGGUGGGGACUUGGUAAAAACCAAUUAGACUUCAAGCAAUUCAAAUGCUACACAGCUCAGGAUCCUCAAUAUGGAGGCAAGAAUAUUUGCUCAGAUGGGAUAUGUAUACGCUCUUUUCAUUCAUAGCAAUCUUUUAUAUCGGAGAUCCAUGGUUAUGGCUGUAGUUCUAAGAAAACCACAAACAUCUUGGCUCAAAUUUUUGACCUAGACGAGCUCCUCGAUCAUUCAAUUGUCUAUUACUUGUGGUAUCAUCCUUGCUUUCUUUGACGAGUAGACAAGCAAAUAAAAAAAACAUGGAUAAUAUGAAAUGUAGUUUUUGUGACCUGUAACACCUCAUACGCUGAAUCAUGUAAAAUUUGUGAAACACAUAUCAAGGCAUCACGGGAAAGAAAAAGGAGACAUGUAUCCAACUUUGACAAAGACCAGGUGAAAAUGGCCAUUUACUCUUCCAAGUACAUGGAAAUUAGAAACCAUGAAGGAAAAGGGAAGACCAUAAAAUUGACUGUUAUUCAAACGUAUGGCUUGGCAUAUAUAUCCUUCUGCUCCCGUUAUCGACUAGCAUAAUUGGGGAGGUCAUAACUGUAAAUAUCUAAAAUUAGCUGGGAUACGAGGUAUUUUUCUCAUGUAUCCUUCUAUUCUCCUCACAAAGGCAUUCAAGGAAUGCUUGCAGGUUUCGUUUUCCAUUUCCUGACUUUCUUAGAUUUAUUAACCAAAAUAUUGAAACGAAAGAGGAAGUCCAUAACCAUUAGCAAUAUAGAAUUCUAGUUAGAUACGGGAAAGAAUGUUCUUGAUCAUGCUUUACAAUUAACACACCAAAGAAAGAAAACAUGCUAGUUCAAGCAGGUGUAAUCACAGAAAAGGCAACAUGUGAAAGCAAUAUUUUUGCACUGUAGGGUGCAUGUGAUUCACUGAUGCCGUUUUCGCUCUUUUUACAGUAAAUGAUUUAAAUGAGUUCUCUGAUCUCCAAACUUGGAAGUCUCACCCACAAGCUCAAGCGGCAAAAGAGUGUUAGCAGCAACUUUUGUUUAGGCUAACGAAACCUGGGGGUUACUUUUAGCCAGUAGGUUAGGUCAUUUUGUAGUCCGCCCACAUGGAUUAGGGUUCACAGAGAGGCAUGAUAGGAUUCAUGGGUUAGCACCUAGCAGACAAAGAAAAGGUCUUGUUAGUGGAGGAUCAUUUCUUUCUUUUUCAGAGGGCUUUAACAUGCUUGCAUAAGCAGUCCGUACGAUUGGUGUUAGCUGGACAAAAUAUGAAUUAAAUAUGAAGGGCAUAAUAUUAUAUAAAAUGAUGUUAACAUAAACCAAACCUAGAACUAUUGAUCAAGCAUGGCAUGCUAGAGUUUCAUCGGAAGGAAACCCGUACAAUUUUUUUUUAUUAUUAUUUUUUUAUUUUUACAAAAAAACAUGCAAGCUUGAAUUCUCUUGAGUUUGAAUAAGUUGCAAUUUUACAGUUCACAGUAUCAUAGCCAUGUUUGAAUAAUUGGCAAGCUAACAUGCCAGUGGGGUCUCACCAUGACAUUGCCUGCCUUUAAAUCCAUGGUGGGGUCCGGAGCUCUUGAUUCGGCCAGGCCGGUUGCUCCAUUACUAAUGUCUCCCCUCUUGUUUUUUUUUUCUUGGUGAAACAUACUUAUUGAACAAUAAAGCAUGGAUUCUCUGUGCUGGUCAAACCAGCCCUUGAUUUUUUUAAUGUUAGUCUUUAAGGUGACAAUUGUUUUCAUUUUGCUAUUGGGCAUAAUUUUGCUGCAUGUUCUCCUGGGCGGAAAUUUGGAAAGUAGGAUUUUUACGUAUCUGGUCGGCAUGAAUGGUGAGCAUUUAUGUAAUUUGACACCUUAGCUUCGAAUUUCAAAGGGAGUGUGCUGAUGCUCUCUUCUCAUUUUAUUUAUUUGAAAUGCAAUCAACGUAGGUUUUGACUUUGAUGACAGGAAUCAUCAUCAUCAUCAUCAUCUAUAAGAGAAUGGAUAGUGUGGUUUCUGUCCUGAUAAAAUACAAUAAAGAAAAUGAAAAGAGGGGAGAAGACAUCACCAUCAAAGUAUCAAGAAAUAUAUAAGAGAAUCCUUUGUUUUCUGGCUUUUUGUUGGCUUUCUUUUGGAAGGACAGAAAAGGGAAUAGAGGAGCUGGUAAUUUUUUGGAACCGUUGCUACAUCCCCGUCUCGCUCUAUUUUUAACUACACUCUUGUGGCAUGCCUUUACAACGACAUCCUAACCAAACCCGCGUAAACCUGCCCCGUAUGAGAGAUUGAGGAGGAGUUUUUUCUCUGAAAUUCGAAAAUUCACAAGUCAAAACCAAAAAACAUGAAUGUUAAAUAUAUAGUAUCUCAUCUUUAAACUCCUCCCGACACACACAUUUUUGUUUCUUUUAUUCUCUUUUUCGUUGUGUGGCAAAUUAUUAAGACUUGUUAUAUUCAAGUGGCGUAAAAAGGUCCCCUCCCCACCUCUGUCCACUGUACCUCCUGGCACUUUUUGAGACUACAAAUUCACGCCCCGCGCCUCAGUUAUAUCUCAUGUUCAGUGGUCUCCUCUCCCCCUUAUCCCUGCCCCUCUCCCUGCCUCUCUCCGCAAAACAAGAGCUUCUUAACCCCGAAGCCAAACUCCUCUGUUUUCCUCUGUUUUUGCUCUCCUUCCAUAUAAUCUUUGGCAGGUUUCUUGCAAGUUCUUGUUUGUAUCUGUCACAUAACCUGUACAAAUAGCUUACGCAAUGGCAACUAUGGUUUGCCAGGGUUUGCAGUCUUGCCUCGAGUCUGCUAUUGUUGAGUCAAGAACACUAAGACUUAGAUUAUCCUCACCAAAUCUCUCUUUCGCUCAAUCCCUUGAACUAGCCUUGAAGCCUUGUUUAUUAGAUUCUGAUCCCAAAGAAGUGAGUGGCAAAUGCCACUAUGAGGAAACUAGCCACAAAACUAGCUUCCUCCAUGAUAUGCAUACAUCUUCAAAUCCUGAUUUGGGUGGCUCGAGCUUCCUCCAAGCUCUCUCCACCAGUACCGAAGGUCCCAAAGAAUCAAUGGGGAAAGGAAUUAUAUACGUGCAUCCUCUAAUUAAUCGUUCCUCUUCAAUGCUCAGUGGAAAGAGCCUGGAAUUAUGCACGGAGAGUUUAGGUAGCGAAAGUGGUAGUGAUAUGAUUGAAAGCAGCAUUUUCUCGUGGUCUUCAUCAGACUCAAGAGCAGGAAAUUCUCCAGCUGGGGAGCAACAGAAAUCGCGUCAACUUUUGGGAGCUAAGAAAGCGAGUUCUCGUAGCUAUCCACCUCCCUUGACAACGAUGAGUGGAGCAAAGUCUCUACAAGUUAGGGCCCACCGCGGAGAUGGAAGGUUGAUAAUCAGAGCCGUCGAGGCUCCAUCAAGACACACUUAUUUACAUGCUGAAAGAAGGGGUGGCCGCCUUCGAUUAAGCUUUAUCAAAGAUUCCACUUCUGAUUUUGACUCAAUGGGCGUAGCUUCCACGGAAAAAGAUGAAGGCAACAGCAAAGAAGAUGAGAUUGAGAGUGACAUGGAUUAUGAUGAAGUAGAUGACUCGGAUGUCGGGGAAUUAGGUAACGUCGGUGCAUGCUUUGAAGAAGAGGCUGAGAGUACUGAUGAUUUGGAGGUUGAUGCUGAGAUGGGAAUGGAGGAGUUUCAAAGACCAACAAGGUGCAAAGAAGGUGAAACGGAGAAGAAAGGAUUGUUAAACUGGGAACCUUUUUGGGUGGCUACAUCAUAAAGUUUUAUUUUGGAUCUCUGUAGUAUAAUUAAUCAAUUUCUACAAUUCUCAGUUUGUCCCUUCCCCUUUUUGUUCCCUUUGCUUUUCGAAUGGAAUUUCUCUUUUCUCCCA